AUGCAGUCCGCUACCCCACACAGUCCCCACAGCCAAUGUGUUCCCCCAGCCAAUGUGCUCCUCUCGCCAAUGCGCUCCUACUUUCCCAUGCAGUCCCCCACCCCAUGUGCUCCCCAUGUCAAUGCCCUCCUACCAGCCCAUGCGGUCUCCUACCCUGUGUGCUCUCCCAGCCAAUACGCUCCUACUUUCCCAUGCGGUCCCCAACCCCGUGUGCUCCCCCAGCCAAUGCCCUCCUACCACCCCAUGUGCUCCCCCAGCCAAUGUGCUCCUACCAUCCCAUACAGUUCCCCACCCCAUGUGCUUCCCCAGUCACUACCCUCCUACCACCAAAUGCAUUCCCCCACCCUAUGGGUGACCCCAGCCAAUGCCCUCCUCUUGCCAAUGCCCUCCUACUUUUCAUGCGGUCCCUAA